AUGUCAAACGAAACGAGUGACACUGAGGUGGUCAUUAACGGCCAAAAGGGUAAAAAGACAUCCAAAUUCAUCAUUUUUGCCGUUGCACUCCUGGUCCUGCUUAUUUCAGUAAUCACUCCGCUUGUCUUUAUUCUGAAUAGACCCAAAGUAACCACUCCAACUGUGGUCAUAGAAGCUCAACUUACGGCAACUCCAGAGGGCAAUGGCAAUCAAGAGGGAGUCUCAGGUAAAAGACCUGACGAGGAAGGCUCAGGCAUCGGGAAAAAGAGAGGGCUAAUGACGCAGGAUGAGUUUUACACAUCUGUCCAAAUCGCAAAAAAGAAGCGAGAAGAGGAGCUAAAAUACGUCUUUGAGCUUGUAGAAAAGCUCAGGGCGGAGCUUAAAGGUGCUAAUCUAGAGCUCGGGGAUGGCAAGGAUGUAACCUACUCUGAGCUCUUUCAACUUGCCAAACUACUUGAACCCAUCAAGGACGAGGUAAAUCCAAAGUUUGAAGUACAGGUACUCGCCAAAUUCAUGGAGUACUGUGAAGGCUAUAAUAUCUACUGGUAUGACGAGGGAACACUUGGAAAGUACCUCUUUCUCUUCCGCAGGGAUGCCAUCCAGAUGGAGAAGCAUAAUGUGAAUUCUGGCAGGACUUACACCAUGGGAUACCACACCAGACUCGCGGAAGAUGUGGCAGUAACUGAACAAGAGAUGAAGAAGGUCGACUAUGAUGGUCUGGAUCUCUCAAACUAUGGAACAUUCAAACACACUCCACUCAUAUUUGAAGAUGAUCAGGAGCAAAAGGACGGUAAAAGGCCAACAUUUGACCUGAGGGAAGGUGGAUACGUGAGCAAAAUCGAUGCUGAUAGGUUGAACAAAUGUGAGUCGCCAUGGUUUUUGGCAGCCGCUGCCAUGUACGAUUCAUUCAUUGCGAGAAAGAAAGCCAAGAGGUUCCAUCACAGCGCACAACAAAUUUGGGAUUGUGCCGACGAGUUGAAGGAUUCAAAUCUGGCAAAGUCCCUCGAGUACUUUCUCAAAAACCCGCUCUGUCUAGAGGCAUCAUAUCCAUUCACUGGAUCAAAGGGUCAGUGUCAAGGGGAGAGGUGCAGAGGUGGACCACUCGUCAGGAAGAUUGUAAAGAUUUCAGAAGAGAGGGCAGACGAACAUUUGAAGACAAAUGGAGCAUUUAUGGUCAUCUUUGAUGCGCCAGCUGACCUUCGUACCAACUAUACAGGUGGCAUAUACGACAAAGAUUUAGGUACUAAACAGAAUUCUGUGGCUCUAGUUGUUGGUUAUGGUACCGAUCCUAAGACCAAAAAAACGUACUGGAUAGCCCAGCCGGCCUGGAAGACAAGUUCUAGUUGGGGCGAAGACGGCUACUUUAGGAUCUCCAGCAAGGGGAAGUAUGACCCUAGCAUAUUCGAUAAUGCAUACGGAUUGUCUGCCACAACGUCAAAGCCUCAGGAUCCAAAGGUAUCUCAAGGGUCAGGGGAACCUCAGGAGUCAUCAUAG